AUGGGAGACUGGGUGAAAAGUUUUCCUGUCCGUUUCAGGCGAGCCGACUGCCUGCAGCACUGCUUGGGGAACCGGUUGGGCGCCGCGCCCUCCGCCCACCGAGCCAGCCACACCAUCCGCCGGGACUUCGAGCAGAGGGAGCCCUAUAACUACCUGCAGGUCGCCUUCUUCCAGCUGAAGAAGCUGGAUCAGGCCGUCUCCGCCGCUCACACCUUCUUCGUCGCUAACCCCCAGCACCUCCAAAUGCGGGAGGACAUAGAGAAGUACCGGCGUAUGUCAGGGGUGAAGUCGGACAACUUCCGAGACCUGGAGGCCACGCCGCACUGGGAAGCAUAUGAGGCUGGGGUGCAGCACUACAAUGCAGAUGAGUACAUGCAGGCUGCGGCCAAGCUGGAGGAGUCACUCACAGAGGCACUGUCAGCACUGGAAGAGUGUCGUGCCCUGUGUGAAGGGCCUUGGGAGGAUGAGGACGAGGAGGAGGAGGAGAUGCAACCUGGCCUGUAUGAAGCCAUUGCAGCCCAUUAUAUUCAGGUUUUGAAGUGUAGACAGCAGUGCGUCCUUGAAAUUGCCACAAAGCCGGGACGGAUUUCUGCCACGGAAGAUUUCAUACCCUCUCAUCUUGAUUUACUGCAGUUUGCCUACGAUCAAGUUGGGAACCAGGCACUGGCUGCUGAAUGUGCUGCUUCCUACUUGCUCUUCUAUCCCACGGAUGAGCCAAUGUUGGAGAAAAUGAAGCAGUAUCGCACAGAACUGGGAGAGGACACAGCUGUCACAGCCAGAGAGAGUAUUCAGCAUUACGUGCAGAGAUCUUUGAUGGAGAAGAAGUUGAUUUAUUAUGCAGUGGAGCAUCUAGGAGGAACGUUUAACGACCCUGAUCUUUGGACUCCAGAUGAGCUGGUGCCUGAAAGCCUAAAGGAGAAAUACAGAGAGGAUCAGGAGAAGCAAAAGCAGGAAACUCUGGAUGUGGAAGAGAGGGAGAAGAGGGGUCCUUUGCCUUUUGAGGGUAUUGCUGUCACGAUGGAUUCCCGCCGGAUGAAUGGUACCCAGAGGGUUGUGUUCGACAGAGUGCUGACGGAGUCUGAGUGUAAGGACCUUCUCCGGCUGACAAAGGCAGCAGUUGAAGCAGGAGACGGCUACCGGGCAAGGCGGUCGCCUCACACCCCACAUGAGAGAUUUGAAGGGUUAACCGUUUUGAAGGCCAUGCAGCUGGCCCAGAAUGGGGACGUGGACUGGAGAGACGCCAAAUUGCUUCUGCAGGCCAGUGAGAAAUCGCGGAAAAUCAUAGAGUCCUAUUUUACUCCCGGAAAGAAACUCCAUUUCUCAUUCACACACCUUGUGUGCCGCACGGCUGUAGACGAGGAACAGGAAGGUCGCAUGGAUCUCAGUCAUCCUGUCCACGCUGAUAAUUGCCUCUUGGAUCCUGAGGGGCAAGAGUGCUGGAAAGAACCACCUGCCUACGUGUACAGGGACUACAGUGGCAUUCUCUACCUCAAUGAUGACUUCCAAGGUGGGGGCCUUUUCUUCACUGAAAUGGACACUGUGACUGUCACAGCUGAGGUGCAUCCGAAGUGCGGGAGGCUGGUAGCCUUCAGCUCUGGCAAGGAGAACCCCCAUGGCGUGUGGGCAGUGAGCCGCGGCAGGCGCUGCGCCAUUGCUCUCUGGUACACACACUCCCGGGAGCAUGCUGAGCAGGAGCGGGUGAAGGCAGAGGAGCUGAUGGAGCAGAGGGCUGUGGAGCAGCCUGAUGGAGAAGAACGUCAGGGGGCUGAUCACGGCGGCAGAUCCUCCUCGGAGCUUCCCGUUCCCAGCGGCAGCACCAGGCCCACGAGCCGGAGACACAAACCUGGCUCAGACAGGACACAGCAGCCCAAGGAGCUGCGGGCCAGAGAUGAGUUCUGAGUAUGCGGGGCCCUGGGGGCAGGACUGGCACGCACCGUGGCCUGGCAGGUCUUGGUAGCACCGGGACCGCAGAGGCCUGGAGCAGUGUAUUAGCAUGCUAGAGCCGUAGCGAUGGGGAGGGAUGCAG